CGGGAGUAGAGCGAUAGGCAGGGAGAGUCAGUGCUACCGUAGCCCUCUUGCUUUUAUUUGGGGGGAUCCCGUCCGUUAGCCAAGCGCACCCCGGACUCCAGAGCCGCUCGGUUUGCCAGACUUCAAGAUGGCCGCCCCGUCUGCAUCUAAAGUUGUGCUAAAGAGUACCACAAAGCUGUCGCUGAAUGAGCGCUUUACUAAUAUGCUGAAGAAUAAACAGCCGAUGCCGGUGAAUAUCCGCGCCACCAUGCAGCAACAGCAGCACAUGGCCAGUGCUAAGAACCGACGCCUUGCUCAGCAGAUGGAGAACCGACCGUCUGUGCAGGCGGCCCUCAAGCUCAAACAGAGCCUAAAGCAGCGUCUCGGUAAGAGCAAUAUCCAGGCCAGGCUGGGAAGGCCGGUGGGAGGUCUCGUACGCGGAGCCAUAGGGAUGAGAGGAGCAGGAAUGGGACUACGAGGCGCACAGAGAGGGAUGAUGCGUAUUGGCCGCGGGGGGAGAGGAAUGGCCAGGGGAGCCAUGGCUAUGAGGGGGCAGAACCUCCGAGGCCGAGGUGGAGUAGCCAGAAUGGGUCUGAGGAGAGGGAUGCGGGGCCGCGGGGGUCCCGGGAGGGGAAUGAUGAGAGGGGCUAUGGGCCGAGGCGGUAUGAGUGCAAGAGGACGCGGGGGCAUGACCAGAGGGAGGGGCUUUGUGCGCGGCAGAGGACGAGGGAGAGGAAGGGGCGUGGCCCGCCCAGCGAUAACCAAGGAGCAGCUGGAUAACCAAUUGGACGCGUACAUGUCAAAGACCAAGGGGCACCUGGAUGCCGAGCUGGACGCCUACAUGGCACAGGCAGACCCCGAGUCCAACGACUGAGCCGCCGAAUGUUUUUAUAUAUUUCUAAGGAACAGACUCUUACCAGCACGCGCACGACUGUGCCACGCCUCCUUUUGGUACCGCCCCCUGGUUUUAGCGUUCCUUUUACAUUUUUCAUACCUAUUUGUUCUUUUGACUCUAUUUUAUUAACCAUUGAAUGUACGGAGGCGAGCGACAGGUUGGCACACUAAGUUCCCGCGGCCCCGUGCCGCCCCUUGGGUUCGAUUGCCGUCAGUUUGUGCAAAGUUUACGUUGCCCCUCGGUAUGCUGCUGCACUUGGAUACCACUCAUAAAGUUUUGUGCGUUUUGUAAAAA